AUGCCAGCGGCUGAAGACUCCCACGCACACGCAGACAUGAGUGAUCUGGCCCACGUCUGUGCCGAGGACCGCAGGGAUCAAAACGGGAAAGGUGCCCUAAAACUGUUCAUGAUGCAGCUCAAGUCGGGAGAAAAGGAGCGAAAACGGUUGAAGUUGCCUCUGGAUGCGGCUCUCACACGCAGGAGGCAGGAGGCGGGCAGUGAGAUGUGCAGAGGAGACUGA